UUGGCCCGAGCCAGUACUUCGCACACCUCCUUGGAGCAGGAGUUGGUCUCUUGGGGCAGCAGAAGACAUGAUGGACUUCCCAGCGGGCUCCUUUGGAUCUUACGCAUGCGUCUGGCGCCCUUACGGGACUCUGUGCGCCGGCAGACCGAGCGCCGCGGCCGCUAAACCCAACAGCGGGAAAUCCUUCACCAUCGAAGCCCUGCUGGGGGGCGGUGGGGCCGAAGAUGAGACGAGUCCGGAGCGCAGGGGACACCACCCCGUUGCUUCUCCGGCGGCUCCCCACGGACAGAUGUGCUCGGCGAUGCCGCAUUACCUGUACAUGCCCAACUUUACGCACCCGCAGCCGACCUGUCCUGCGUAUUGCGCGCCCUUCUCCUACCAGCCGUUCCGCGUGCCCUGUUACCCUCCAGAAGGCCCCUCCAAGGGUGCUCUGCAGUCCUACAAACACAGGGCUGGGAAGUCCAAGCGGAUGCGCACCAGCUUCACCAACGAGCAGCUCUCCCGCCUGGAGAAGGAGUUCUCCCGCCAGCAGUACAUGGUGGGCUCCGAGCGCUUCGUCCUGGCCACCUCGCUGCAGCUCACCGAGGCUCAGGUAAAAGUCUGGUUCCAGAACAGACGCAUCAAAUUCCGGAAACAGAGUCUGGACCAGCAGCACGCGAAGCUGGCCAAGCUGGGCGUCGGGGACGCGCAGGGGGGCGAGGAGCGGGAGGCGCGCGAGGCGCGCGAGGACGAGUACCGCACGUCGUCGGCGGAGUCCGAAGUGGACAUCGAGAGGUCUGAGCAGUGAGACACCCCCCAAAGCC